UGUAGUUACAGCUCAACCCAUUAAAGUCCGUGGGAGUGGGCUGAGCAUUGUGAACAUACCGCACUAUGAUCAAUAGUCAGGCCUCCAAAACGAGCGUAAUGUCGACAUGUCGCUCAGCAGAAUCCCCACGAAGCCGCAGUUCAGCGCGCGCUCGAUUUAGCGCCGUUGCCAUGACAACAAACACUCUUCGCCAUGGCGUCGCUUCUGACGGAGCCGUUGUUUGAGACGUCCGGACGCGGUCAUCCCUCCAGUUUCUAUCACUUUGCGGUUACCAAGUCCGAAGUGAUCUGGAGAUGGUGGAAGAUUUCUCCGAGAGUCGUAGACCGGCUCUCUAAGCCGGGGGAGCUGAAGGAGCCUCACCGGGACUUCUUGGAUGACAGAAUGCUUCAGAGGGAGGUCAGUAUGGUUUUCGGUCAGGGAAUCUUGGAGUACACCAUGUCUUUGUGCCAAGGCCAUUAUGAUUACCUGGAGCGCCUGUCUGACACCUUACUUCUUAGGAUAGUAAAACAUCUUGAGAUAGAGGACAUCGGUCAGCUUGGACGAACGUCGCGCAGGUUUCAUAAACUGUGUGGGUCAGAGGAGUUAUGGGAGCAGGUAGUGCAGCAGCGCUUCAGCACAGUGUCGGCUGAAGUGGCAUCUCUAGCGCUCGACGUGGGCUGGCGCAGCAUCUUCUUCACCAGUAAGCUACAGCUGCAGAAGUUGAUCAACCGAAAGAGGCUGAAGAAGGCUAAGAAGCGACAAGCGAGACAGGUCUCGGACACCGAUGCAAAGGCCGAGCAGUCUCACGAUGACACCUCAGAGGCAAAUCCGACGCCUGGUUGUGCGGCUGGCCCUCACUUUGGCGGUAUACCAGAUCUAUGUCUUGGCACGGAUCUGGGUACUCGCAUUGACACCAGCUCUAGCUGUGACAUUGACCCUAACCCUGAAUCAGUGGCUGCCUCUGAUUCCAGCGUGCCAACUGGUUGAGGACAUAGAGAAGUCUGUGGUGGAAACGCAGAAGGGUGACGGUCAUUGCUCAAGUUGUUGAGUUGUUGUUGUAAAAACAAACAAACCAAAUGUUAGAUGUGGUUAAUGAAUCCAUGAAAAUGGUAUUUUGGGACAUUUUUACAAGUACAUCUAUUGUGCCAUGUUUUUUUCUGACUUGGAAUAAAUGAACAACAAAAUACACAA